ACCUGUAACGGUGUACUGGAAGGGAUUCGUAUCUGCCGUAAAGGAUUCCCAAAUCGUUUACCACAUCCAGACUUCGUCGAACGCUAUGCACUGCUAUGUGCAGAUGAGUCAACCUCAAGCCCAGAUCCAAAGGAAUGCGUCAAUAAAAUGCUCGAGAAACUGAUUUCAGAAGGUUCGAUGAACGAGAAUAUGUUCAAAGUCGGACUUACAAAGGUUUUCUUCAAAGCUGGUGUUUUGGCACAUCUGGAAGACCUUCGUGAUAUGCGCUUAGCCCAACUCAUCGCAGGAUUCCAAGCUGAAAUUCGUCAUUACUGUAAACAAGUAGGUUUCAAAUUUUUGGCAUACAUAUCCAACAAGAACAAACGAUAA